GCGUCCCCUCGUAGAAAACACGUGCGUACUUACACGCGUGUACAGUCAGACCUCCACAGAGUUUCUUUAUAAGAAGUAACGACAGCGGAACUCUUGCACCCUCAACAACAUUUGGUUUCCUGACGGACACAGUUGAAAGCGGUGCACAGCAUGGCUGCGAUGUAGAACAGGCGUGUUGGUUUGCAAGGCUGACCUUUCCUUGAGUUAAAGCAACCGUACAAAAUAAAUAGACACGUUACAAAUUACAGAACCGUUAACUGCAUCGCAGGUGCUCUGUCCGCUUCCUUUGAGCUCAGUUUAGUUUUAUUUCGAGUGGAGUUUCACUCGUUCUUUCGUCCCCGGCGCGAUGCGGCUCACUCUCCCGGUUCUGAUCGCUCAUGGCCGGUAUGGGCGGAGGAUGGGUCUCGGUCCGGAGUCUCGGAUCAAUAUGCUUCGGAACAUUUUAACCGGGCUGGUCAGACACGAACGGAUUGAGACGACGUGGGCCCGAGCCGAUGAAGUUCGGAUAUACGCCGAAAAGCUGAUCGACUACGCGAAGAAAGGCGACACGGACGAGAAGGUGAUGAAGAUGGCCAGCUUCUGGCUCACAGAGAAGGACCUCGUACACAAACUCUUCAAGGUUCUGGUCCCGCGGCUGGGGUCCGAGCAGCGCGGAUACACACGGCUCUUCCACAUUCCGAACCGAGACUCUCUGGACCGGGCCAAGAUGGCUGUGCUGGAGCUGCGGGGCAAUCCCUUCCCUCCGCUGGUGACCCGACAGCCCGACAGCGACGGCUCACUGCUCAACCAGCUGCUCCGAGGCUACCGCGAGGAGGUGACGCGGAGCAGGGCUGCUGGGGGAGACUGAGCCCCAGGAGCAGACUUCUGCACCUCACACGCUACUGACAGAGAGAGACUGGAAAUAAACCAAACAAUUAAUAAAUAAGGCAAAUGCUUCGGUGUUGUGUGUGUGUGUUUUGUGGUUCUACAGAUGUAAAAUGAAGUCAAUCGACACAUUGAAGUACUGGAAGUAAAUAUGAUUAAACUGACGGAGCCCUAGGGGACACGUACCGUAUUGACACUGUAGAGCAACGGAGAGAGGUUCAGCAUCGCCUAGAAUUUUAUAAUGGAGACACCAUUUUUAAAAAAACUAAUAAACCUGACUGUCACAAAGUCAUAAUAGCAGUACAGUAGUAUUUCGUGUUUAGAUUUUGAAAUGACGCAUUUUUCAAUUUGUCAAGUAUGUGGAAAACUCAAAAACUUUGCUGUGCAAUUCAGUCUGUUAACGUGACCUUAUUCCAGCAGCUUUCAUUCGACUUGAUGAA